CUUCAAUGUCUGCCAAACACUACAAGUUCGAUGUCACAAUGGCCUGCUCUGGCUGCUCUAAUGCGAUCAAUCGUGUGCUCACGCGGCUGCCAGGAGUAAAGAAUGUUGAGAUCUCCCUCGAGAAACAGACGGUCGACGUGGUUAGCGACCUAGACUACGAUACAGUGCUGCAGGCCAUCUCGAAGACGGGAAAAAAGGUGAACGGUGGUACAAUUGUGAGCGCAUAGGUCAGAUGGCAUCCAGUGUCCCUUUGGACUCCCUCCGUGAAUCUUUGCGUGUUGUGGCUGUUGCGCUUUCGAGUGCGGUCACCCGACUGCAGUCACAUGACACAACAGUCAGGCUUUUUUGACGCCCGUACGAUAUGGACGUAAUUGAUAAGUUUUCGCAAUGUUUAGCACAAAUUUUUGAUGGAAUGUCUUUUA